AUGGACUCCUGCGAACAGGUGUUGCAGCUAUUUUCUGGAAUGAGAACGAACGAUACGGCUACUGAGAAGCAAGCCGAAAAUGGAAUCCUAGAUUUUAUGCGUCGUCCAGAAUGUGUUCCUUCGUUUCUCAAUAUUAUCGUCAACUGCCAGGACGAAGUGAGUCGACAGAUGGCCGCUUUGUUUAUGCGAAAAGUGAUAACGCUGUACUGGAUCAAAUCACAGUUAUUGUCGUGCAUGAAGUCGGAGCCAUACCACUUAGCUCGUCGUGCGAUAUGUGGAGUUGUUUCAGUUCUCGCGGCAGAAGAGCUGAAGAAUGAUCGUUGGAAAAACAUCAUUUCUCAUAUGAGCGAUUUGGUUGUGAGUGAUGAUCCCCAUGAUCGCGAAAUGGGCUAUUUGCUUCUCUUUUCUCUGCACGAAGUCAUCAGUUCCUACAUUUCCCUCUCCGAUCUGAUCAAUGUUCUCAACAACGGUCUGAACGACCCCGACUUUUCCGUUCUCUCGAUGGCCGUCAAAGCGAGCUGCGACAUCAUUACGACCAAGAUCGACGACGACGUGAUUCCCUAUUUCACCCCUCUGCUUCCUCGUCUUCUCCAAAUCCUCCACACCUCCAUCACUACCGGAGAGCAAGAACUCGUCCUUCGCAUUGUGGGUCUCUUCGACGACGCCGCCAUUUCCACGCCUCCCUUUUUCGGCGAUCACCUCGAAUCCAUUAUCUCUGCUUGCUGCUCUGUUCUUCUUACCAUCCUGUAA